GGGCCGUGCGCGCCGGGGUCGGGGUCGGGCCGGGGUCUGCACCUGGGACAUCCCUGAGGAGGGAAGGGCCGGGAGCAGGAGCGCCCCAGCAUCGGGCGGGCGGGCGAGCGGCGCGGAGCCGGCCGGGGACGCGCGCCGAGGGAGCCCCGUCCCCGGUCGUGGGGGCACCGCCCGCAGGCUUUGCGGGGUGGGCAGCUCCCGGGCCUGCCAUGAGCUCUCCGCCGCCCGCCCGCAGUGGCUUUUACCGCCAGGAGGUGACCAAGACGGCCUGGGAGGUGCGCGCCGUGUACCGGGACCUGCAGCCCGUGGGCUCGGGCGCCUAUGGCGCGGUGUGCUCGGCCGUGGACAGCCGCACCGGCGCUAAGGUAGCCAUCAAGAAGCUGUAUCGGCCCUUCCAGUCCGACCUGUUCGCCAAGCGCGCCUACCGCGAGCUGCGCCUGCUCAAGCACAUGCGCCACGAGAACGUGAUCGGGCUGCUGGACGUAUUCACUCCUGAUGAGACCCUGGAUGACUUCACGGACUUUUACCUGGUGAUGCCGUUCAUGGGCACCGACCUGGGCAAGCUCAUGAAACAUGAGAAGCUAGGCGAGGACCGGAUCCAGUUUCUCGUGUACCAGAUGCUGAAGGGGCUGAGGUAUAUCCACGCUGCUGGCAUCAUCCACAGAGACCUGAAGCCCGGCAACCUGGCUGUGAACGAAGACUGUGAGCUGAAGAUCCUGGACUUCGGCCUGGCCAGGCAGGCAGACAGUGAGAUGACUGGGUACGUGGUGACCCGGUGGUACCGGGCUCCCGAGGUCAUCUUGAAUUGGAUGCGCUACACGCAGACGGUGGACAUCUGGUCUGUGGGCUGCAUCAUGGCAGAGAUGAUCACAGGCAAGACGCUGUUCAAGGGCAGCGACCACCUGGACCAGCUGAAGGAGAUCAUGAAGGUGACGGGGACGCCUCCGGCUGAGUUUGUGCAGCGGCUGCAGAGCGAUGAGGCCAAGAACUACAUGAAGGGCCUCCCCGAAUUGGAGAAGAAGGAUUUUGCCUCCAUCCUCACCAAUGCAAGCCCUCUGGCUGUGAACCUCCUGGAGAAGAUGCUGGUGCUGGAUGCGGAGCAGCGGGUGACAGCGGCCGAGGCGCUGGCCCAUCCCUACUUUGAGUCCCUGCACGACACGGAAGAUGAGCCCCAGGUCCAGAAGUAUGAUGACUCCUUUGACGACGUGGACCGCACACUGGAUGAAUGGAAGCGUGAGUGGGGGGCGCCGGGCAGGGCCUGUGUGGACCCGAGUGGGGAGCUCUGGGCAGGGCCUGUAUGGACCUGUGAGUUGGGGGCUCUGGGUAGGGCCUGUGUGGACCCGGUGGGCCCUGUGCAGGUGGCCAGGCUCAAAGUCCUAGAUCCCUGUCCCUGGGAUGCAGGUCAGGUGAGGAGGACGGGAGGUCAGAGGGCAGCGUGGGGCCGUGUGGCCUGGUGGAGAUGACCUCUGGCUGGAGCUGGAAGAUGAAGGGAGGGUGUUCCUGGCAGGCUCAGCACAGAGGCUGGCACAGAAGGAGCCGGAAAUGGUGAAAGGCAGCUGUGAGUCAGGGAACCAGGGCCCACUUAGCCCCUCCUGGCCUCCAGACCUGCUGCCCUUCCGCCAUGUCCAGGCCAGAGACCUGGGCCACCCUGACACCCUUCCCACGUCCGCUUGUCCCUAAGGCCUCUCUGCUCACACCUCCUGAAUCUGUCCUUGCCUCUCCUUGCCCCAUUUUUUUUUUUUUUUUUGAGACGGAGUCUCACUCUGAUGCCCAGGCUGGAGUGCAGUGGCACGAUCUUGACUCACUGUAAGCUCUGUCUCCCGGGUACACACCAUUCUCCUGCCUCAGCCUCCCGAGUAGCCGGGACUACAGGCGCCUGCCACCAUGCCUGGCUAAUUUUUUGUAUUUUUAGUAGAGUCGGGGUUUCACCGUGUUAGCUAGGAUGGUCUUGAUCUCCUGACCUCGUGAUCCACCCGCCUUGGCCUCCCAAAGUGCUGGGAUUACAGGUGUGAGCCACCGCGCCCAGCCCUCUCCUUGCCCCACUUUAUUAUCCCUCCCCCCUGGACAACUGUAUACCCAAGACAGUCCCCGGGGCCUCGCCUGUCUCCCCCAGCUCCCCUGAGCAGUCCAGACCCCAAACCCAACUGCUGGGGUCCAUCAUCCCCUAUACCAAGGGCUAUCCCCUCAUCUUGGAGGGCUGGCCAAGGCCUGUGCAGCCUCAGGCUGGACUCAGGGAAGCCUCCCCAGCUCCCACAGCUAUGCUGUGGCCUGAGGCUGUGCUGGACCUGGCUUCAUUUCUGCUCCAGGAUGGCAGGCUGUGUCUUCUUCAUGGCUGCAUGACCAGCCUGGGGUGGGGGUACCUGGGGACAGUAGCUGUACACUGGGAGCAGUGCCGUGUUUCAGGCCCUGUCCUGGCUCUGCCUCGGGCGCAGGACCUUGGUCCUCCACACUGGCUGGGUGGGGCCGGAUGGGUUGAGAUUCACCUGUGCUCCUUAGGGCCACGGGUCCCUGGGUGCCUGCAGCAGGGCCUCCACCCUUAGCUGUGUGCGUAUUCGUGUGCUUAUGAGUUUGGCUUUAUUUGAUUAAAGGUUUCUGCUGCUAGAAAGAUGACUUGAAAGCCAUGGGUCAUAGGAUGCUCUCUGUAGUCCCCACCCACACAACUGUGGCUGGGGCCUCAGUUCCUAGGAUAGACUGUGGUGGACACGUCGCCAAGCCCUGGCCACCUCCCCUUUCCCUGGAAAAUCCAGAUCUAGAGCAAUGGCCUCUUCACACAAACCUUCUCUCAGUGGUUCAGACCACAUUAGGAUUAGAGAAGGGCCCCACGAGGCACCGCCAGGCGUGUCUGUGAGUGACUCCCAGGAUGGAAGGCAAAGGCUGACCCCCCUCUCUGUUGUGCCCGCCCCCCCUGCCAGGUGUUACUUACAAAGAGGUGCUCAGCUUCAAGCCUCCCCAGCAGCUGGGGGCCAGGGUCUCCAAGGAGACGGCUCUGUGAAGAUCUCUGGGCUCCAGGGUGGCAGUGAGGACCACCUUCACCUUCCUCCUGAGAGGGGACUCUCGUUGCCACCUUGACCUUGACUGGGGUUUGCAUCCCGAGGCAUCCAUCAGAGCAGAGCCCCGGGUUCCAUGGACCCUCCUCCCCACAGCCAUGACUCUGCUCUUGGGUGCCCAUCAUGGAGGAGCACCUGAACUUUCUGGACAGGACCUCUGGCUGACCUGGGGAUGGCCUCUGAUCCCUGGAGCAGUGGCCCACUUGCCUGGUGCCCUCAGAAACCUCAGAGCUGGUGGGGCUCCAUAUCAGGCCUUGGCCUCUGAGCCCUGCCUGCUCUGGGCCAUGCAGAGGAAUGACAGAGGGCGGGCACAGGGCACCAACUCAGGGACAUCCCCUCUCCUGGGCGACGUCAGUGGACCUUCCUGCACCCCUAGCCUGGAAUGUAAAUUAGCUGUGUGGUGCCCACGUGGCUGGAAGGAAAUAGACCCUUUUGUAGCUCCCUG